AGAAGGGCUUAAUUGCUUUGAUCCCAGAGUUCAAGGGCUUAACUGCAUCAAUUAAAGUCUAGGGGCUUAAUAGCGAUUCUGGGCUAUCUAUAUUUAUGUGCGUCCCUGUUGCUGCUUUGGCUCCAAAUAUCCCAGCUAUGUAUGAGCUGCAUUUUGGUGUUCCAAUGGCUGGGGCAAUUCUUUGUACACUUAAUAUACGUCUUGAUUCAGCCAUGGUGGCAUUGCUGCUGAGACAUUCAGAGGCCAAAAUCAUUUUUGUUGAUUACCACUUUCUCCAUAUUGCUCAGGGAGCAUUUCAAAUACUGUCCAAGGCCAGGACAAAGCUGCCUCAGCUGAUCUUGAUCCAAGAACCUGAACAGCAAGCUCCCAUCAGCAGCAAAACCAAUUUUACACAAACAAAAGACUUGGAAUAUGAGAGUUUUUUAGCCAUGGGAAAAGCAGAUUUUGAGAUCAGAAGGCCAAAAGAUGAAUGGGAACCUAUCUCGCUUAAUUACACAUCUGGCACAACAUCGAGUCCCAAAGGCGUCAUUUAUAGCCAUAGAGGUGCCUAUCUUAAUUCUCUGGCAACAGUUCUUAGUAGUGAAAUGGGAUCAAUGCCUGUGUAUCUAUGGACUGUCCCCAUGUUUCAUUGCAAUGGAUGGUGCCUCGCAUGGGGUGUGGCUGCACAAGGUGGCACAAAUAUUUGCUUAAGAAAUGUCACUGCAAAGGGAAUAUUUAGCAAUAUUGCUCAGCACAAGGUUACACACAUGGGUGGCGCGCCAACAGUUUUAAACAUGAUGUUAAAUGCUCCUGCUAGUGACCAAAAGCCACUUCCAGGGAAGGUAUUGGUGACAACAGGUGGCUCAGCACCACCUCCAAAUGUUCUCUUCAAGAUGGAAGAGCUAGGAUUCAGUGUGACUCAGUUGUAUGGGUUGACAGAAACUUAUGGCCCUGGAGUGUUUUGCACCUGGAAACCUGAAUGGAAUGUCCUUCCUCGAGAUGCACAGGCUAAAAUCAAGGCUCGGCAGGGGUUGCACCAUGUUGGGUUGGAGGAAUUUGAUGUUAAAGAUCCUUUUACCAUGAAGAGUGUACCAGCUGAUGCAAAAACCAUAGGGGAGAUUAUGUUCAGGGGUAACACUGUCAUGAAUGGAUACCUUAAAAAUGUUGAAGCAACAACAGAGGCUUUCACUGGUGGAUGGUUUCACAGUGGGGACUUAGGAGUGAGACACUCUGAUGGUUACAUAGAAAUCAAGGACCGCUCAAAGGACAUCAUCAUUUCUGGUGGAGAAAAUAUUAGUUCAAUUGAAGUUGAAUCUGUGCUUUGUGGCCAUUCAGCUGUUCUUGAGGCAGCUGUGGUGGCGAGACCAGAUGAUCACUGGGGGGAGACACCUUGUGCCUUUGUGAAGUUGAAGGAUGGAUGCAAUGCUAGUGAAGAGGAGCUUAUCAAGUACUGUCGGGAUAACUUGCCCCAUUAUAUGGCUCCUCGAACUGUUAUUUUUGAGGAUUUGCCAAAGACUUCUACCGGAAAGACACAGAAAUACCUUCUUAGGGAAAAGGCCAAGGCACUGGGUAGUAUUUCGAAGAGCAUGAGCAAACAGUAAACUGCUGCCUAUUGGAAGGUCAGAUUCUUCAUGGCAAAGUUCAUCGUGUGGCUAUCACUUUGGAUACUAUCUCAACUGUACUUACACAGACACACAUGCACACACAAUUAUAUCUCAUACCUCCCCAUGCCAUACGUAGCAAGAACGGAGGCUCAAUAGGGGUUUGGAGCAUCUUGGCCUGUAGGAAGUUAUUGUUAAAGAUCCUGUUACCAUGGGUGAGAUAUUGUCAAUGGUUUCAUGAAUGGAUACCAAAAAAAUGUUGAAGCAAUAAAGAAUGCUUAGAAGAAUGGUGGAUUCUUGAUUGUUUUAAGUGGGGACUUUUUUGGAGGAUUUAGAUUUGAAGUCAGUAUCUAAAACUGGGAUUGCACAUUUUGCAAAGGUUUAUAACCAAUUGACCUUCUAUCUCGUAGGCUAGGUGCAAAAAUGGGUACUUGUAUAGAAAAUAUGUUUUGAAUUUAUAUUGCACCAAAAUAUAUUUUUUUCCUUAAG